AUGUCUAAGUGUUACGAAUUUUUUCAUCCGAGCGAUGCAUAUUCAGCUAAGCAAAUACUAUUCUUCGUGACAUUCGUUCUGGGUUUAACACCUUUACGCUUACAUGGACCAACCGGAAAUCGAAAAAUAACCAUUAGUCGUCUUGGCUAUAGUGCUACAAUUUUACAAGUAAUCUUCUUUAUGUUCUGUUACAUAUACUCGUUCAUACACGAUGAGUCCAUUGUGGGUUACUUUUUCAAAUCGGAAAUUUCUAAAAUUGGAGAUACACUGCAAAAAUUCAUUGGCAUGACUGGACUGCUUACGCUAUUUGGCACCAGUUUGUGGAAAUGUUGGGACAUUAUCUAUCUAUUUCAAACAAUUUCCUCGACUGAUGUACGAUUUUUGGAUUUGGGCGUGGUCUUUAAUUUUCAAUACGUUAUGAAAUUAAUUAAUUCAAAACUAUUUUUGAUUUUUAGCUUAAACUUUUUUUAUGUGAGCUCAAGUCUUUGGCUGCUCUUUCGCAACGACAUAUGGCCGUCAUUACAAGCUAUCGUCUCUUUUUUCACUCCGCAUAUAUAUUUACUAACCAUUGUCGUGCUUUUUAUGUCCUUUUUAAUACGUUUAAGUCAGCAUUUCGAAAUGUUAAAUAAGGUUCUUAAAAAUCUCUCUCAUCAAUGGGAUAAUCGUAACACCAAAUCAAUUGCACAUAAACAAAGAUCACUACAAUGUUUGGACUCAUUUUCCAUGUAUACAAUGGUUAGCAAGGAUCCAAGUGAAAUUAUACAGGAAUCAAUGGAAAUACAUCAUUUGAUUUGUGAUGCAGCAUCAACAGCAAAUAAAUAUUUCACAUAUCAGCUACUCACCAUUAUAUCAAUUGCAUUCCUCAUUAUUGUAUUUGAUGCGUACUAUGUACUGGAGACAAUUCUCGGUAAAUCCACAAGAGGCAGUAAAUUUAAGCCUGUAGAGUUUGUGACAUUUUUCUCGUGUCAAAUGAUACUUUAUCUCAUUGCGAUUAUAUCAAUUGUUGAAGGUAGCAAUCGUGCCAUUAAAAAGAGCAAAAAAACGGGUGGAAUUGUACAUUCCCUAUUGAACAAAGCUAAAACACCUGAAGUCAAAGAGAAACUACAACAGUUUUCGAUGCAAUUAUUACACUUGAAAAUAAAUUUUACGGCAGCUGGACUUUUUAAUAUUGACCGUACUCUCUACUUUACGAUCAGUGGAGCACUUACAACUUAUUUGAUUAUUCUGUUGCAAUUUACAUCAACUGCACCAAAUGGACAACAGAUGGCAGUUGACAAUGAAUUGUCAAGCGAACUCGCCCUAAUGAACUUGUCAAAUUUUUCAAUAGAUAAUAAUAUUUCAUAAUUUUAAGAUUUUAUUUAUAUUGUCUAU